CUUCUGCUAUUGCUCGGUUGAAAUCGGGGUGGAUGUCAACUUUAUUUUCAUCGAAAUUGUGGAUUCAGCUGUCAAAUCCCGUGAUUUUUAAAACCCAUUUUGGAGGCCGUCAGUAAUCCUCCAGCCAUGUAUGUUAAACGUUUCCUUACUUAUUUGGCAUCGGGAGUUUUCGUACUAUGCCACUGCCAAAAACUGGCGUCGAAAACGACUGCCGACGGUAAACAGCAAGGCGAACCUGAGUCCUAUGCGCGCCGCUUAGCUCUGGCGGAGAACGAUAGCUACGUUCUGGAGUGGAGCUACACCGUGGAGGACGUGGUGUUCAGGGUAAGAGCCAAGACGUUAGGCUGGGUCGGCCUGGGCUUCUCUCCAAGCGGUGGCAUGAAGGGAGCAGACUUGGUCAUCGGUUGGGUACAGGAUGGAGAAGCCUACUUGACGGAUCGCUUUGCUAGAGCAAACGAGCAGCCACAGAAGGACAAUCAUCAGGACUACGAGUUGCUGAGCGGUGAGGAAGCGAACCAGCACACCACACUGGUCUUUAGGAGAAAACUCAACACAUCUGAUUGUCAGGAUAUGGUUCUUAAGUCUGGAACAACUCGUCUGCUCUGGUCAUAUCACGAAGACGACCCGAGCAGCGCAGACGGACCGUCUUACCAUGGACCUGUUCACCGCGGCACGCGCUCCAUGCUGCUGUUCGCUCAAGACUACUCCAAGAAACUCAACAUGCCUGCUGACGUCAAAACGCACGAAUUUCUCAAUUCAAAUGUGCGACCUCUGCGACAGCCUCAAACUCUCUAUUGGUGUACUAUCCUGCAAUUUCCGAAGGUUGAUUCAAGACAUCACAUAAUCAGGUACGAGCCAGUGUUGACGCCGGGCAACGAGGAUUUCGUUCACCACAUGUUUGUUUACGCCUGCUACGCACCCCCUCCAGAUGAGAAACUCUAUACUUUCUCCGAUGUCUGCUUGAAGCUUCCCAAGGAUAUUCAGAACUGCUUGUCAGUUGUCUUUGUUUGGAGCAUCGGUGGUGGGGCAUUCGAAUUUCCUGCUAACGUUGGCUACUCUGUCGGUGGGCCUGGUGAUCCUCUCUUCCUUCGCAUGGAGGUGCACUACGACAAUCCUCGACUUCCAGAUGAUUUUCUGGACAGCUCUGGAUUCCGGUUCUAUUACACGCCUAGCCUUCGGCAACACAACGCGGGCAUGUUUAUAGUGGGAGUCUUCUCCAUGUGGUGGAUGAUUAUCCCGCCAAAACAAAAAAAGUUUAUCCUGAAAGGGUGGUGUCUGGAGGAAUGCACUGAAAUGUACUUCCCUCCCGAAGGAAUCAAGGUGUUUGCAGCAUUUGCACACACACACCUCACUGGCGACAAGUUUAAGUUUCGUCAGUUUCGAAAUGGCAAGCUCGUCGACGAAAUCCUUAGCGAGGAAUAUUUUGACAGCGAAUUUCAGGAAAUACAGCGACUUCAGAAUGAGAAAACAAUUAUGCCGGGUGAUGUCUUAAUGACUGAGUGUACAUUCAAGACGACGGACAGGACUAAUAUAACAUAUGGUGGAUGGGGAAGAACCGACGAGAUGUGCUUAUCGGUGCCUUUUUACUACCCGAAAAUUGACAAUUUCGGAGAUUGCACGUCCACCUCGCAGCCCGUGGAAGUACUGAAGCGUCUCGGCUACAAAAACGCAAGCGAAUUGCCUGUGGAAAUGGACCAGGACAGUACCAUCAAGGCCUUCGAAAGUUUCAACUGGACAGAUGCCAGCUUUGUCUCGAAGUUCAAAAAGGCUGUCGAAAAGGCCAACCUGUAUUUUCGAUGCGACAACGAAACAAGACUGGAGCAAAUGGACCCAUUUGCUGAAUGGAAGGCCCCUCAAGUUGAAUAUCCUGAUGACUACGAUGGAUGCUGAUGUAACAAGAAUCGAAUGGAGUCGAAUUAGUAUUGAAUCGAUUCAAAACAAAAGUACAUUUUGCUCACCGGCACAAUGAAAUAAUUAAGCCGGUUAAGAUUACAUGAGUUCUACGAGACUUCCACGUCGGCAUUCAAAGUAUGAUGAAAGUGUUUAAACAAAACAGAAAAAUUGUAAAGUAACUUGAUUAAAUUGUAUAUAAAACGUCAAUAUACAACGAUAAUUUUCCGACAAGGAGUUAACAAUAAACGACUGUAAGUUGAUAGGGAAGGAUUUUUGUAUCUAUUUGGGUCAAUCGAUGCGGCUAAUUCAUGGAAACAAAUUAAUAAUAUCCUUUCUCCUCUUUAUUUCACAAAUUCCAAAGUUCCAUCGUAGCUAUUGUUAUUUCAGGGGCGAAAAGAAAAGGUGUCGCCUGGGUUGAGGCGGUCGGAGGGUACGCUACAGCUGUACAGGCGUACGGAUGACCAAGUAAUAGAAGUGUUGAGUAAUUUUCCCUAGUCCAGUGCAACCUUGUUUCACAGUCCAUUGCAUCAUUUUGUGUUUGAUCUAAGCAAAAUGAAAGUUCUAUAGUUGUAGCUAAUGUGACUACUUUUGAUUUUUUUCACCGCUAAGAAAAGUUAAGCCUUUAAGGCACAUUAUUACUGUUGUGAUAGGAACAUAGGAACUUAUGUUUAGUAAUGGUAAGCAAAUAAAAAUGACUUUGGUCAAUUGAAAUGCUUUUUAUUACGGUUGUUUGAAAAAUAUUGAGGGCUAAGUUCCAGGAAAUUUACCCUCCGACUGCUUUUCCGGCCAGUUUAGGCGCCUAUGUAUACUCUUUGACUUAAUUAAAAUUUUGAUUUUGA